AUGGCGGGCCUAUCAGCAGUUCAGACAUCCUCACAUCGGCGCACGAUACCACCACACAUACGGUAUAAGUUCAAGGCGGAAACAGCUACGAUCGUCUUGAAGGCGUCGAAACACAAGACCAUCGCCGAGAACAGACCGUCCAAGCCUGGAUUCCUGGAUCUGCCUGGUGAACUGCGCAACCAAAUCUACGAUCUUGUGGUAGAACCAACGACAUGCGGUCUUACACUGAACCUCUACAACUUCCGCAUACCGAUAGCAAAGCUGGCUUUGGUGUGUAAGCAGGUCUUCCGAGAAGUUGUGAGUGUUCAAUUCGCAAAGGAUGACUCUGCGUUCCGUUGGCAGGGUCAUGAGUCCGGAGGGCAUUUGGACUUCUCUGUCACUCAAAGCCCCAUGUUCUCAGCGGACACUCAACGCUGGGCAGAGAAAUGCGCUAUGCUGGGUGCGCCUCUCCGCUUCAAGCAUCUUCGAUUUUGUGCACCUUCUUGUCAUGGCACUGGUCUCUCAACCACACGUCGUACAUGGUGCAUACAUGUAGAGGACGGAACAGCCCGUGUUGAGAUCUUGAAUGCUUCUACAGGAAGGGAGUGCGCAGAGAUCUGGGAGAAGAACAUGACGAAAGCAUUGUCAGAAACCAUGCAUCAGCACGGAACCUAUUCGCUAGGUAUUCCUGAGCUCGAGGCAUUCCGCAUCCUACUUGGUCGUUUCAAUCUGCACGAACAUUUCAGGGGUAGGUCGUUGCAUCCCCAGGCACUGAUGUCGAAGGAUCCAGAGAUGAUCAGGUUGAAAGCUACAUAUCUCGGUUGUCAUCUCAAAACCCAUCCAUGGGACUACUACACUGCAAGACCCUGA